UCAGAUAAAUUAAAAUAAUUCCACUUACCAUGUCAACUUUGGAUACUUCCCCGUCUGCAUCGCAAAACGAAAAAACAACUUUCACAGACGAUCAACAUGCCUCCAAUUUGUUAAGAAAACUACUAAAAUUAUAUGAAAAAGAAGAAUUAUUUGACUUUCUUCUGAUAGCCGGAGAAGAUCGCAUCAAGAUCCAAGUCCACAAAAUUGUGCUCACAGCUUUGAGUGAGUAUUUUUUGGAAAUAUUUCGUGGUCUUCCUAAAACUUCGAAGAUCAAUGAAUUAGAAAUAAAAGAAGUCGAAGGUUCGACUCUUAAAUUGAUAAUUGAUUACAUGUAUUCCGGGUCGAUUGACCUGAAGCUUGAAAACAUUGAGUCACUUCUGCGAAGUGCUGUGUUGCUAAAAAUGGCAAACCUGGUCAAAGGUUGUUGCGAGUUUCUUGAAAACAAUCUCAACAUUGACAACUGUUUGCGUUGGUCACACUUGGCCAAGGAACUUGGUUUGUCCGAACUUCAGGAAAAGACUUUGAACUUUAUUUAUGCAAACUUUGAUAAAGUAACAAAGGGAAAUGAGUUCUUAGUAUUGAAUGAAAUUGAACUUAAAGACUUGCUAUUUAAGAAUAACUCAUAUCGAGACUUGGAGGAACAAGUUUUUCUUAGUUUGGUGGAUUGGAUCGAAUAUGAGAAAGUUGAUCGGAGACAUCUUUUGUUUGAAUUGCUCUCAAUGGUUCGCUAUCAACUACUUUCGGCCAAGUUUAUCAUCAAAAAUAGAAAGUUAGUUUGUAAAACUGCUGAAUAUAAAAUCUUGGAAUUAAUUUGCACUUGGCUUGAGUAUCACUUGUGUCCGGAAUCUCGAACAAGUGAUGACCAAAUCGCUACUUUGGCUUCCAGACCAAAAAUUAAAGCUCUUGCUAAAAAAGAUGUUUCUAAUUUUUUAGUUGUACAUUUAAACGAUGAGUUUGAACCUGAAAUAAGAAGCUACAAUAAAACAUUAAAAACCUGUUCUUUGGAGAAGCGGUUUACUCCACUUUCAACAAAGAAAUUCAAGUAUUCUUUGAUUACAAUUGAUGAAAAACUAUACGUUGUUGGCGGGCAAAUAGGUGAUACGAAAAAAAGCGUUGAGUGCUUGGAUUUUAAAACAUUUAAGUGGACUAAUUUGCCUCCCAUGCGUUUUGCCAGAUGUAAUAGUCAAUUAGCCAAUUUAAACGGACAUUUAUGUGUCUUUGGUGGUUAUGAGAAAUCUGACGAAGAAAGUUUUAUUGAUUCGGUGGAAAUUUUUAACUUCUCAACAAAGAAAUGGACAGAUUUGCAUCCGCCAAUAAAACCAAACCAAAAAAAUAAGAUCGUUGGUCACAAUGGCAUAUUGUACAUAUUCGAUUUUCAUUACGGUCGUUUGCAAUGUUAUGAUGUGUCCGCUAAUCAAUGGACAUUGAAAAAACUACCGAUCGAUAAUAAUAUAGGAGGAUUCCGUAUUGCAGCAGUGGACAAUUAUUUGUAUGCAUUAAUCGGUGGAGAAUUCAAAAAAUUAAACGAAUGGAUUGUUUUUGAGAAACUUACCAUCAAACGUUUUGAUUUAUCCCAAGAUACUUGGACUGAGAUGGGGAUUAUAAAUGAUAAAGGAUUUCUUCCGAAAGCACUCACAGUUGUUGGAAGUAAUAUUUUGUUUGUAAACGGAAAUAAUCAUAUCUCUGAGUAUAAUCCUGAAACUAAGAGAAUAACUGACAUAAAUUCAUCUGUAAAAUAUUACUGCAAUGCUUUAAUUUUUCAAUCAAAAUAAAAUAAAAC